GCAGAAGCCCGUUCCAAAUCAUCAGUCCUCAUUCUGCUGGAUCUAUCUGCCGCGUUUGACACUGUCAAUCAUCAGAUACUCCUCUCCACUCUCUCAUCACUGGGCAUCGCUGGAAUUCCACUUCGCUGGUUUGAAUCCUAUCUCACUGAUGAUCCAACGGUAGCUGCAAGGAUCUCAGGUUGCCUGGCGGACAUCUCGGCAUGGAUGAAAGAACAUCACCUCCAGCUCAACCUGGCAAAGACUGAGCUUCUUGUCUUUCCUGCCGCUCCAACUCUACAGCAUGACAUCACGAUCCAGUUAGGUUCAUCAACAAUUACCCCAUCAACUUCGGUCAGAAAUCUUGGUGUAAUCUUUGAUGACCAGCUGACCUUCAAAGACCACAUUGCAAAGACUGCUCGAUCUUGCAGGUUUGCACUACACAACAUCAGAAAGAUCAGGCCCUUUCUGACGGAGCAUGCUGCACAACUUCUUGUCCAGGCCCUUGUCAUUUCUAGGCUGGACUACUGCAAUGCUCUUCUGGCUGGACUUCCAUCAAACACAGUCAAACCUCUACAAAUGAUUCAGAAUGCGGCGGCACGACUGGUCUUCAAGGAACCCAAAAGAGCCCAUGUUACACCUCUCUUUAUCUCAUUGCAUUGGCUACCAAUUGCAGCUCGCAUCAAGUUGAAGACACUGAUGCUUGCUCAUAGAACAACCACAGGCUCAGCACCCGCCUACAUGCACUCACUAUUAAGAAUCUACAUCCCCUCCAGAAAUCUGAGAUCUGCUAGUGAGCGACGCCUCGUGGUACCAUCACAAAGAGGCUCAAAAUCACUCUCCAGAACAUUCUCGUUCACCAUUCCUGGCUGGUGGAAUGAUCUUCCCACCCAUAUUCGGAGUACUGGAUCCCUGUCAAUCUUCAAGCAACAGCUGAAAACUCAUCUCUUUCGACACUACUUGACUUCA